CGAGUGUUUCUUCCGAAUAUGUCUACGAAUAACUGUCGGUCGUCAUCGGAGGCAGAUGGCGUGAAAGUCGAAGGGACGGUUGAGGUGGGCUCGGGUCUACGAGGGGUUGGGGAGAAGGAUGAUGAGGAAGUGUAUUCGAAUGGAAUUGAUGAUGAAGACGUUGGUGCUGCUUCUAGUGUGCAUACUUAUAAUGACGAGGAAGAGUACACGCCUAGGAGUCGGUGUUCAUCCGCGAGCAGUUCGUCUGAGUCGUCCGAGAGCAGUGACAACUAUAGUGAUAUGAGUGAUGAUGGUAUAGGGGAGGAAGACGAUGACCAGCACGAAGAUGAGGAUGCUGAGGGAUCACAAUAUGGUGGUACGGACGGUGGGGAUUAUACUGAGUCCGACGAUGAGGGCACAGACGGGUACAAAAAGGGAGGUUACCAUGCCGUUCAUUUAGGGGAAAUCUAUAAUGACCGUUACAAAGUAUUGGCGAAGUUAGGGUGGGGUCAUUUCAGUACGGUGUGGUUGUGUGAGGAUCUGGAGUACACUAAGAAGAUUGAGAAGGAAAUUGCUAAGGAAGACAAUCAAGUCUCUGCAACGGACAAGAGCCGACCGAAAAAAAUUACACCCAAGCGAUAUGUGGCAUUGAAGAUUCAGAAGUCGGCUCCGCAUUACACAGAGGCUGCCUAUGACGAAAUUGAUAUUCUCAACGAGGCGAAGAAAAGGAAGUUCGAUGCUAGAUGGAUUGGCAGCAGAGAUUCUAUGAGGGACUUAUUACCGUUGAAGCCUGGGGGAGGGCUGAGAGAAAACUUCAAUGGGGUUGUCUCCUUGGUCGAUUCAUUCACUACUGACGGCCCUAAUGGACGCCACGUAUGCAUGGUUUUCGAGCCCAUGGGACCUAACGUACUUGCGCUGAUCAAGAAGUUCGAUUUCAAGGGAGUUCCUCUGGAUAUCCUUCGAAAAGUGGCUGCUCAUACACUUGUUGGCCUCGAUUAUCUUCACCGAGUUUGCAACAUAAUUCACACUGAUCUCAAACCUGAAAAUGUGCUGGUAUGUUGUCCGAGAAACGUUCCUGUAGACAAGCACGGUGUACCUUUGAUAAGCGGUCAAUGCUUAGCGCAUGAGGAGGACGAUGACAAGCAAGAGGAUACCGAGGAUAAGACUACCUUGAGUCGGCAAGAGAGCACACCUCAUGAGCGUUUCAUCGUAGUGGCUGACUGUUCACCUAGUGACGCCGAGGAUCGUCCUACUGCUGCUGAGGUUGAACCGAACCGUCCAUUGACGAAGACCGAGAAGAACAGGUUGAAGCGUCGGAAGCAAAAGGAGAAGCGUCGCGCGGCGGCAGCAGCAGCAGCUAGACAAGAGCAGGUACUCCCCACUGCUGCUCCUACACUGUCGUCAUCGGCACCAUCCUCUGAUCGCUGUAGUGCUGAGGGAUCUCGGUGUUUCCCACCUUAUGUUAGAUCGACGGUUAAGCGGAGCAUGUCCGACCCGUCAUUACUGACGACCUACCCUGAGAUGCAGAAUGAGCGCCUUCAUCGUAUGCCGUAUCAUCACUUGGAGUACGCCAAGAUUGGCGACGUUGGAGAGCAUCGACAGAAUAAAUCAGCAGGAGGAAUAAGUGGGACGGGGGCUACCAGUACGGCUGAUAGUAGUGGGGGCCCAAGACGACAGGUCAAGGUUGACGAGGAUGAUAUAAGACUGCCUGGAUCUGAGAGUCCUGAUUCCGCGACUUUACUACCCCCGGUCGCUCCUUCUGCUACUACUGCUGUAGUCGACGAUACACAGCGAGGGCGGCAUGCUUACGAGCUGGUGUCGGAGGCGGAGGUUCUUGGUCUGGAUAUAUUCGAUCAUGACAAUGUUGCAUUCAAGAUUGCAGAUCUUGGAAAUGCUUGCUGGACUCAUAAGCAUUUCUCUAACGAUAUCCAAACACGUCAGUAUCGCUCUCCUGAAGUUAUUGUUGGUGCCGGUUAUGAUAGCAGCGCUGAUAUAUGGUCGUUCGCCUGUAUGAUAUUCGAGCUCGUCACUGGUGAUUACCUAUUUGAUCCUAAGGCUACAGAGGAUUACCCACGAGAUGAGGAUCAUUUAGCGUUGUGUAUGGAGCUGUUAGGGCCGAUACCGCAUAGGCUGGCUUCACAGGGACGACAUAGCAAGACGUUCUUCAAUAGGCGGGGGCAACUGAGGCAUAUCAAGAAUCUUAGGCAUUGGGGUCUGUACCACGUGCUCCUCCAGAAGUAUAAUUUGAGUCGCAAAGAUGCUACGGAACUCACUGAUUUCCUCUUGCCUAUGCUGAAUAUGGACCCGAACAAACGAGCAACAGCUGAAGAGAUGUUGAAGCACCCAUGGCUGCGUGGCAACCCCUGUGGAGGCAGCGAACAGUUUGUUGAUGAUGACGAGAUUAAUGGCAGCAAUGAGUAUGAUCACGAGGUCAAGCCUGAUGAUGAAUAAUCGAUCGUUUGAUCGAUUUGGGUACAUGACGAUGUUAUUCACCAUCCCGAUGGUUUUAUUCCACUGCGAACGUGAAGCUCUUCGAUGGGAAGAACUAUAGCCAGUGACUGAUGAAAGUUUCUCUUUGUACCAUUCAAGAAGCUAAUAUUGAACCUGUAAUUUGAGGACGUUUUCUGUAGGCUAUUGGUGAACUACGAUA